CCUGUCUCUUUCUCUCAACCAUCUUCUCACUCACACAAACCAAUGAACCAGACCCACAUUGCUCACCACCCAAACACGGUCUUAUAUUACAGCGAGAGAGCCUGAGAGAAAAUGAGGGGAAGUGGGGAGGUUGCUGUUAGUUGAAUCAACUGUGGUAGGAAAAGGAAAGAGAAUUGGAGUUUGGAACAACCCAUUAGAGUCCCAACAUAGGUGUGAUGCGUUCGGCGUCCAAGUUCACAAGCAACGAACCAAACUCGCUUCAAUCAGCAGCCAAACGCGCCGCCCUAACAUCAGGGUGAAAGUGGGAGAAAAUGGGAGAAGUGAGGGAAAGUUAGGAGUUUGCUCUUCUUGACUGAAUUGCCAGAUUCACAAGCAAGGUAUCAAUCACAUUUUAAUAAUUGGAAGACGCCACUAUAUCAGGGAGAAAGUGGGAGAAAAAUGAGAUAAAGGGAAGGAAAGUGAGGUGGUUGUCUUCUUCGAUCAACUGCCAAGUUCAUAAGCAAAGAGCCAAUCACUCAUCAAUCAUUAGAAGAUGCUGCUACAUCGGAGAGAAAGUGAGAGAAAAUGAGAGAGGGGGGAAAAAUGACGAUGUCUUCUUGGAUCACUGAGGAAACAAAACAAAGUUUUGGACAACUUAUCUGAAAGGCAACAACCUAUGAUGUGUUAGCAGCCUAAUUCAAAAGGAACAAACCAAUCCCACAUUAAUCAGCCAAACACGGCCUUAUAUCGGAGAGACAAAAAACUAGAGAAAGCGAAGGAAAGCGGGAAGGUUGCUCCUCUUGAAUCAAUCAACUUCCAAAAAGUGAUUCAAUCAACGUGGUAAAGUACCUACAGUCACAAGCAAAGAACCAAUUCCACAUUAAUCAUGAGACAGACAUACCCUUAUACCAAAGAGAAAGCGAAUAAAUGAGAGAGGGAAAAUGGUAAAGAAAUGAAAGAGACGAAAGUUUUAGAAGUUUGCUCACUGGAAUGUGGGAGAAUGGGCUAGCUUGCUCUUCUUGAACCAACUGGGUGGGUUUUCCAGGAGAUGAAAUCUGUGUAGUAAUCCCACAUGCAAUGGCAACUUACACUGAUCAUCAUCAAGCUUACUGUGACAACUGGGGCUGCUCUGAUCUGCCAUCUGAACACGAAGACCCUCAGUUUAUUGUCCGGACUUUAUGAGCAGGGUAUUUCCAUCUCUGAAAUUCUGAAUCAUGGCUCCAUAUCGUUUGGAAGAUAUGCUGCUGAGCCACUUGCAUGGGAGAAAUGGUCGGUUUUCUCUCACAAUAGAUGUCAAGAGGAGCUGGAGAAGUUCAAGGCCCCUGGUCUAGUUGCUCAAAAGAAGGCAUACUUUGAGGAAUAUUACAGAAGGAUUAGGGCUCUUAAGGCAGCAGAAGCUGAGGCACAGAAGCAAGAAACCACCCACCACCCUGAACCUUAUCAAGAUGACCUGACUGCUACCACAAGUGCUGAAGACAGUAUCAAUGAUACUGGGUCAAAAGAGGAAGAGCAAACUAGUGUUGUUACUCAAAUUCAAUUCUCAGAUACUGAAACCACCUUUCCGAACUUGUCUGGAGACAGCAUUGAGAAUAAAUCAGAAGUUGCUGAGCAACAAAGAAGUUAUAGUUCAAGCUCUAAUGGCGAAGCCAGUGUGGGAUACAAAGCUGAUGUCUCCUAUUCUGCUCUUGAUCUGGCACAUUCUCCAGAAGUGGCCUCCCCAGAGCCUGUUCCACAGAGCGAUAGUAGCUCAGAAGCUGCCCAGCAAAACGGCCUUGUUUCUGACAUGGGCACGGUCAAUCUCAGUUCCAGUAAGCGGGAAGAUCAUGCACCUGUUUUGAAGCCUAAGGGCACUAUGGCUUCAGCUAGAAAUAGAGCAAAGUUGGACUGCAGAACUAGGAACAAUGUGCAGAAACUGUCCGAGAAGCUAAAGCCAUCUUCUCAGAAGAAAGUUGCUGGAAAUGCAGGUGGCAAACUCCAAGCGAGCAGAAAAACUACUCCUAAGCCUGCAGGAAACAUGAGACCAAACUCUGUUUCUUCACAUAGACCACCACCUACUAAAGUACCCACCGGAGCCACAGUUUUGCACUCAUCCAUUGCAAGGGAUAAGCCAGUGCCAUCUCCUUCCACUAUUAGAUCUGUUCAAACAAUGAUAAGUUUAAACCCAAAAGUCUUGCCAGAGAAGUUAACAUCAAGGUUGCCAGUUAAUACACUGAGCCGUUCGGCUGUUCAGAGCACACCAAAGGAGAUCACCAUUAAAGAUGGCAUGAGAAAUGUGGCUACAGAGAACAGGUCUGUCAGGGGUGGAGUUGCUAGGAAGUCUUUAGAUUUGACUGGCUGCAACAUGACGCCAAAGGGAGGACAAUCUGAGAAGCUAAGGCCAAAAGCCAUGUCUACAACCCUUCCUGCCCGGAAUAAAUCAAAUCAAAACAGGGGAAUUGAGUUUUUGCACAGGAGCUACGAUAGAGGACACCAAAAAGAGGGAAAAGAUCAAACUAAUGCAGGUCAGCGAAGAUAUCCAAAGCCAGCCUUAUCUAGUGCUCCUAGCAUUCAUAAGCCUCCAAGUCCAAGACCUAGGAAGAUUACACCAUUGCAGUCAGCUGAGCUGAUGCGGAAUCAAAGGGAACCCAGGGAACCCAGGGAACCCAGGAUUAUACCAUGCAGACCCAAGACACCAUGUUGGCGAUGAAGGUAGAAACAAGGGAGAACCACACAGAAGAGUUGGUUGUUAUUGUAGCCCAUUGGCUUGGCUUGGGCACAACUUUGGAUUCAAGAAAGCAAACAGACACCAUCAAGAAGGUGAUUCAUGCACCAGUGUACAGACAUGUACAAAUAGGUUUAAAGAGAAGAACAAUUGGUUUUGCAUAGCCAAGGCACUAUUGUCCAACAACCAUAUCAGUAUGUAUGGUGCCAACAACCAUAUUAGUAUGUAUGAUUUCUGAGUGUACGCGGUAUGUAUAAUGGCAUUUACCAAGACUCUAGUAGAAACUCAGACUUUAUUGCCAGAGGUAUGAUAAGUAAGCUUCCGGCGGACUGAUUUGUGGUCUGGAUUGUGUGGUUGGAAACCUGGAACAUUUCCUUCCCAGAAGAUUAUAAUUCAGGUUUACACUGUGGAGGAGAGAAUGUUUCUGUGUCUCGAAAAUGUAAGCAGUUUUUUUUGUAUAUUUGAAAAUUUCCUCAAGGAAUUUUUGUUUUGUGA